AUAACACACGCCCUCGCCUAUCGCCACCCCUGCCGCAGCGUGCGUCUCCUCAAAACGCAGACAGAAUAAAUAACACUCCACUGAACUAAACGCUAACAUUUAAUUGAUAAACACUGUCUGGGUGUGCAAUACAGCAGGGAAUCGAACCCUUAAAGAUGUCCUCGCGUUCCUCCGAAGAGCGAAGCUAUUUACAUCGCAAAUUCGACAGUUGCAGCAGUAGCUACAAACAGAAACGGUCCUCGGCAUCAUCCUCGUCAGCCAGGACAACCUCCUCCGGACACAAGGACCGCAGGUCGGACUUCGAUUACCAUGGCGGUCGUCGCCAUCCUCGCUCUGUUUCCCGUCGGCGCUCCCGUUCGCGUUUGGGCUCGGAGUCGCCGCCUCCGGCACCCCGCCGACGCUCGUCCCGCGACCACCACCGGAUGCACAAGGCUCGCGAACAUCCCCAGGCCAGCCGUUGCAUUGGAGUCUUCGGUCUGAACACCAACACCUCGCAGCACAAGGUUCGCGAGCUCUUCAACAAGUACGGACCCAUCGAGCGCAUCCAGAUGGUCAUAGACGCCCAUACCCAUCGUUCGCGGGGCUUCUGCUUCAUAUACUUUGAGAAUCUCGAGGAUGCCCGUGUGGCCAAGGACGCCUGUUCCGGCAUUGAGGUCGAUGAUCGACGCAUUCGCGUUGACUACUCCAUAACCCAACGCGCCCACACUCCUACUCCGGGUGUCUACAUGGGUCGUCCUUCGCGCAGUGGACACGUGGGACGCUCCCGUUCGCCACGGGCCGAACGUCGUCGCGAACGCGAGCGUUCCAUCUCGCCCACUGACAAUUAUCGUAGCCGAAACAACUACCGCGACGAUCGCUAUGAGCGCAGCUACCGCAGGAGCUCCAGUCGCCAGCGCUACCGCAACAAAAGCUACAGCCGCUCACGUUCGCCCAAGCCUCGUCGCAUCCAAUCGCGCUACUAGUGCGUCCCGGUGAUUCCUUAACUCGUGCUUCUAACCAGCCAACUGGACUGUGUCAAAAGGCCUGCGGAGAAGCAUACGACUGAAAUAUUGUGUUUUGGUGAAACCAUCCCAUCUAUGGCAUUUGGUUGGCGAACAGCUCACAACUAGAUUAAUUUCCAAAUUCAUUAUUCACCCAAAUCAGCUUAUCAUAAUUAUUCGUUAACCGUCAUUGAUGCUGUACAAAAACGUAGUUUGUAAAUAUCAGAUCGAUUACCAACAUUACAUACAGAGGUCCGCAUAGAUUGUGAUAUGUAUUUUAAAGGAACCGCAGCAAACUGAUAAUAAUAACAAAACUAAACUAA